AUGUCUUCCCCAGUUAUUCCAAAACCUGAUAUUGUUUUACAAAAAUUAGGAAUAUGGAAUUAUAAACAAUUAUCAUUAUCACUUUUUGGAGCUUUUAUAUGGGGUUUAACUAUAUUUCCUAUGCUUAUUCCAUCAUUUGUUCAAAUUGAUAUUGUUUGUGAUGACUGUAAUCCUAGAUUAAAUAAAUCAAAAAAAAUGAAAGAUACUUAUAAUUUAAGUAACAAUGAAUUGCAAUGGUAUUCAAUAACUUUUUAUAUUGGAUGUAUGAUAGGAGGAGUAACCAUCGCUUAUUUAUCAGAUAUUUAUGGUAGAAAAUUAAUUUCUUUAGGAUCUUUUUUAAUUGUUGGUGUAACAGGAAUGUUAACAGCAUGGAUGCCAAAAUAUAGUUAUAUUUUGAUUUUACGAGUUAUUCAAGGAAUAUUUUAUCCAGCAGCUGGAGUAUGUAUGUGGAUUUUAGUACUUGAAUCAGUUUCAUUUGAUAAUCAUACAACAGUAGGAUUAAUGUUUAAUGUUCUUUGGUCUGUUGGAUAUUGUAUAGUAGCAUUAAUAGCAUAUUAUUUUCCAAGUUGGGAUGUACUAUCAAUAUUACUUUCAGCUCCAUUAAUUAUUGUUUUUUUUAUAGCAUAUUUUAUUAUGCCAGAAAGUUUUUAUUUUUUAUUAAAAUCAGAAAAUUCAAGUGGUUUAAAAAAAUUUAUAAAUAAUAAAGUUAAUGUUAAUAUUGAUGAAAUGAUUAAUGAAGUUAAAAUAAUGGAAACACAGUAUGAAAUAAUGAAAGUUUUUAAAUAUUUUAUUGUACACAAAAAAUAUAUAAUUUAUAGUUUUGUUACAUCAUUUUUAUGGACGACACAAUUUCUUUUGUAUUUAACAUUUUCAAUUAGUAGUUCAACUUUAUCUGGUAAUCCUUAUUGGAAUUUUGUUUUUUCUGGUUUAGCUGAAUUACCAUCUGUAUUAUCAGGACCAUUUAUUAUGAAUAAAUUUCAUCGCAAAAAACCUUUAAUAGUUUGUUCAAUUGCAAUUUUGAUAUCAUGUAUAUGUCUUAUAUUUAUACCAGAAAAUUAUACAACAACAUAUCUUAUAUUUUGGAUGGCUUGUAAAUUACUUUUAGCAUUUACAUAUGUUUGUAUAUAUGUUUAUUUUCCUGAAAUUUUUUCAACUGAAAUAAGAAAUACAGCAAUAGGACUAUGUCAAACAAUAGCAAAUUUUGGAGGAAUAUUAAAUACAUUAUUACGUACUUGGAUACCAAAAAAUAGCAAUUUAAUGAUCUUAUUUGCAGUACUAUCAACUACUAGUACAAUAUUAUUUUUUUUAUUACCUGAAACAAAAGAAGAAAAUAUUACAGACGAAAACAUAAGUGAAGAUGAAAUUUUAAAUAAUUAA